GUCCGAGUGGGUGCAGCGCGGACUGAGGCGUUUUUCGCAAGGCUCUACCCCACCGCCGUUGCGUAGGCGCAGACGGCAUUCGAUUACGUACCACUGAAGCCGCGGCCGCGUCAGCCGCCACAAAAACUGUGUGCAAUCGGCAGAAACGAUCUGUGAUAUAGUGUUAAGUUACGUGCCUUGAAAGUGUGGUGUUUAGUGAAUAUACACGGAAAAACAGGAAAAUGAUCAACGUAGGAAAAUUGUUUGUUCUCUUCGCCACCUUAGGAUUAGUAAAAUGUGUAUCAGUAUUAGGUCCCCGCGUACUGCGGCCCUACAGCAACUACAAGGUGUCGGUGUCGGGAGGGCCCCGCGCCCUCAACCUCUUCGUGGCCAUCGAGGGCAAGAGGGCCAAUGGAGAGCAGUUCUCGCAGGGCAGAGUCAUACAGGUCCAGGAGGCAACUUCCAGACUCGUUGACUUGGAGAUAGACGAUCCAGGGCCCGGGAACUAUCGACUGACAGCGCGGUCCACCUCCGGGCCGCAGUUCUCGUCGUCAGCGGCACUGGUCUACCAGCCCAGAAGCUUCUGUGUCUUCGUGCAGACUGACAAGAGCGUCUACCAACCCGGAGACACCAUAAACUUCAGAGCCAUUGCUUUAGACAAAUAUCUGCUGCCGCUGUCGAAUACGAUCGACGUGAGUGUACUGGACGCCGGGGGGUCCCCGAUCCGGGACUGGGCGGCGGUGCCCCUGGACCGGGGGGUCUACGCCAACGAGCUCACCCUGGCCGACGAACCAGCGCUGGGAGAGUGGACCAUACAGGUAGAGGUCCGUGGCCAGAAGUAUUCUAGGACAAUAACCGUAGCGGACUAUGUGCUGCCCAAGUUUGACAUGCAUCUGGAGGCGCCGAAGGAAGUUCUGUUCAGCGACGGAAGAUUCGACAUUAACGUCACAGCCAAACACUUCAAUGGAAUGCCAGUGCAAGGGGAGCUAACUAUAUCGGCGUACGCAGUAUUCUUCUCUGGCCUUCUGCAACCGGUCUUCUCAUCUCCUGCUAGAAAAGUCAUCAAGUUUAACGGGAGCGUAGAAGUGCCCUACGAUUUAAAGACAGACUUGGAUCUAGCAGAGGAUGCUGCGAGGCCGCUGGUCAUAGAGGCCGUGAUAGAGGAGAAGGACACGCUCAUCAGACAGAAUAUUUCAAGAAAAAUCCUGCUCUUGCGUACGCCGUAUAGGCUUAAAGUAUCCGCACCAGAGCACUUCAAGCCGCAACUACCUUACGUCGUUCAGAUCGAAGUAGUAAACACGACAGGGGACAUCAUAGACGAAGCAGGCACCGUGACGGUAGAACGUCUCUGGGACGACGGAGCACCGGUCAACAUGACAACCGUCGACCUGAGCCGGGGCGUCGCCAGGUACUCCUACACGCCGGACCUCCCUCACAUCAACUCCACACUCAAUCUCGUGGCGAAGUACCGCGACGUCUCCGAGCGUGUUGUGAACGUGCAGCGCGGCGCGGCCACCGACGACGGCCACCUGACCAUAGAGCUGCUGACGCGCGACACCGCGCCCGGCGACGAGAUGCGCGCGCGCAUCACCGCCACCGAGACCAUGGACCUGCUGCAUUAUGUUGUCAUCGGCCGCGGGGACAUACUCACCGCUAAGACUCUUGAGUUGCGUGUCGGUCGUCGCAGCGUGGACGUGGCGGUGCCGGUGUUCGGCGCGCUGUCGCCGGGCUGCACGCUGCUGGCGUGGCACCCGCGCCCCGACGGCCGCGUGCUCGCCGCCGCGCUGCACGUGCCACACCGACAACUGCUGCAGCACAAAGUGUCCAUUACGUCCAUCACUCCAACUACUAUCCGACCCAAUGGUUUAGUGGAGAUACGCGUGUCUGGUGAGGAAGGUUCGCUAGGAGCCCUUCUCGGAAUAGAUGAAAAAGCCAUCGCGAACGGUUUGGCGAGCGCCAACGGACUUGGAAGUGGUCUCGACUUACAUACGAUCGAACGAGAAGUUGAAAGUUUCAACGGACUACGACACUCCACCUUCAAAAAUGAAGACCAGCUGCCUGGCCUAGGGUUGGACUUGGGAGGAUACAAUACAAUGGAUGUCUUCAAAAAUGCUGGUGUUGUCAUUUUGACUGAUGGUGUGGUGGCUGAUGAAAAAGCUCCAGCCAUGGAGGAGGUGGAGACGGGCACUCGUGCGCCGGCGGCUGGGCCGUACGCGUUCAGCCGCGUGCCGCCGCCGCCCUCCCCGCGCCACUACCUCACGCGCCCGCUCGCACCCAACUCCGCCUUCAUGUUCGCCAACUUGUCCAUCGGAAACGAUGGAUUAGGAGGCAGCGAACGCUGGUCCCCCACAACUACCGGCGAGUGGUCAGUCGGAGCAUUCGCCGUGCACCCAACCCUAGGUCUGGGCUUGGCCAUGCCUCAGAAAUUUGAGACUACCCUCCCCCUGUCUAUUACCGCUGAGCUGCCGGAGACAUUACAGAGAGGAGAAAGUAUAGCGGCCGUCAUUACUUUGAAGAGUUCGCUCAACGUCGACACUUCAGUGGAAGUGACUUUCCACAAUUCCGACCAGUACUACGAAUUCGAACCUUUGGAAAACAAUGUGGAUACCCCCAAAAAGAUUGAGUUGUUCCGUCGCUCGCGCGUGAAGGUGCCGGCUCGCGGGUCCGCCAGCACGGCGUUCCUGGUGACGGCGGCGCGCGCGGGAGAAGCGCCUGUCAUCGUCGAGGCCGCAGGAAACGGCGUCUCCGCCUCGCUCUUCCGGACGCUCUAUGUCAAGGAUGGGUACGAGGAGGACAUCUGGUCUUGGUCGCUGCUGGACGGUCGGCGCGGUGUGGCGCGCGCCAACGUGACUCUUACCCCGGCGCCGGGCACCAAGCUGGGCGCUGUCUCGCUGGAAGCCACGGGCGACUUGCUGGCCGGUAGCCUGCGGGCCACGCGCGAGCCGCUCAACCUCGCCGUGGACCCCGCAUACGCUCUGCGGCCUAUGGCUCGUGCUUGCGUCCUUCUGGACUACCUUCAGGCUACCGAACAAACUGAUGAAGUAACGAUAACGAAGGAUGCUCGUGCCCAAGCUUCCGCCGGCUACCAGAGGCUGAUGGCCUUCCGCCGACCAGACGGAGCCUUUACGCAGGAGCUCGGUGAAGACGCCGAAACUGAUGUUUGGAUGACGUCUAUGGCAGCUCGCUGGCUGUCGCGGUCAGCCCGCUACGUGGCGGUGUCGCCGUCGGCGGGUGCGGGCGCGGCGCGGUGGCUGGCGCACGCGCAGCUGCCGGACGGCUCGUGGCGGCCCGCCGCGCGCGCCGCCCGCAACGACCCGCACGCCACCGCCGUUCCGCUUGCUGCGCACGCGCUGCUCGCACUCAUUGAAACCAACGGAGGUGAAGUUUUAUACAAGAACGCGAUCAACAAGGCCCUCGACUUCGUGGCUAAGAACAUAUCUCCCGACCUGGAUCCGUUCAGUUUGGCAGUAGCCAGCACCGCGCUGGCCGCCGCGCGUCAUCCGCAGGCCACUACUACGCUGCAGGUGAUGGAAAAAUACGCCAACAGCACCGAUGGAAUGUUAUUCUGGUCGCGCAAGAUAGUGGGUACAGAGUGGAGGAACCCAUGGCUGAAGAGCAACAGCCUGGAGGCGGCGACGGCGGCGUGGGGACUGCGGGCGAUGCUGGCCGCGCGGCUGACGGACGAGGCCGUGCCCGUCGCGCGUUACCUGCUGCAGGCGCUCGGCACCAAGGACCAGGACCCUGAAGUGUUGGAUGCAGUGGCUCAGUUCGCCCAGGCUAUCCGAACGCCGACGAAACUGCGCAUUGCCGUCAACGUCACCGGCUUCGACGAGCCAAGACAGUUCAACAUCGACGACGACAACGCGCUCAUCAUACAGACACAGCUGGUGCGUAACGCCCGCAGCACGCUCGCGACCACGUCAGGUCGAGGCGUGUGUGCGGUGGGGCUGCGGGCGCGCGGCGCCACCAACGUGACCGCCGCGUGGCCGCGCUACACGCUCGACCCGCGCGUCGAUCAGGUCUCCACCUCCAGCCGCCUGCAGCUCUCCGUCUGCAUCGGCUUUGUGCCAGUUGGGAAUGAAACUGAGAGCGGGCUAGUUCUGGUAACCAUCAACCUGCCGUCAGGAUAUUUGGCAGAUAUCAAUACCAUAACGGGACUCACGGCGGCACCGCACGUGGUGGGCGCACGCGUGAUGGGCGGCGGCAGCGCGGUGGCGGCGUGGGCGCGCGCGGGGCUGGCGGAGCGCUGUGCCACGCUGUCCGCACCGCGAGCGCUGCCCGUGGCCAGGCAGCGCCCCGCCGCCGUCACCAUUAUCGACUUGUAUGACUCCAGUCACCGCGCACGCGUGUUUUACCAGGCGGUGGACAGCAGUGCGUGCGAAGUGUGCGGCGCGUGGGCGGCGUGCGAGCGCGCGUGCGGCGCGGCGGCGGGCCAGCGCGCCCCGCCCCCCUCCGCGACGCCGGCGCCAGACUCCGCCCCCGCGUCCGCGAGCGCCGCCAUCCUCCUCGUCGUACCGCUUCUCAUGCUACUGAGAUAACGAGACGAGCCGACAGUGGUGGGAACUAACUAACCAGUAGAUAAUGUGACGAAGUCGCAGCAUUUGUUUAAAUUAAGUGGACUGUACGUCGCCUGCGUGGUCUCAAGGGGAUCGUUAGUAAGAAGAUCGUCUUUUAAGAAAUUGCACUCGGUGGUGACUGAUGUGUUAUCCCUUUCUGCCAUGCUCAUUUAUUCUUCCUCCUACUCCGUUUCUUGAAAAGGUUAGGGCAAAGUCUACUGCAAUCGAUUACUUUUUGUUUAGACAGAAAAGUCGAUUACUUGCGAAGUAGAAAGUUCAUCCAUUCAACUAUAAACUUAACUUUUUAACCAGUCAUCACAAUCCAAACAUCUAACAAGACUACAUAGGUAGUACUUACAUUAUAGGUACUAUUAUAUUACAAGUUCUUAAUGAAUGCGCCGUUUCAAUGUAAUAUUACAAGUAUUUAUGGAACUGUAUUGGUAAAACAGUUUACCUUGUUCGGUCUCCAGCAUUUGCGUUGAUUCUAAAAUUUCCAGUCUUUGAAAGAAGAAGUAGGUACGUAAGGUAUCUAAUACAAUAAAUAGUAAAACCUAUUGUAAAUAACAUAUAUAAAUAAAUGAAUUUAUUGACA